UAAAAAUAUAUUUUGAUUUUUAAUUCAUGAUUUUAUCAUUCAAAUAAUUGUGAUUAAUUAUUAAUUAAAAAAAAAUAUUACUUAAUUGAAAAAUAAAAAAAAAAAACAAAAAUGGAAACGUGUGUUUUAAUACCACAAGAAUUUUCAUUAGCUCUAGCAGCUAAUGAUAUUAAUGAUCAAAGGAUAACUGUAUGGAGUACAUGUAAAAUACAACAGGGACAAUUUUUUUAUCCAUUUCAAGGUACAAUACGUAUUGAUACACUGGAUGUUAUGAAAUAUUUAGAUGAUGAAGAUAUAAGAUAUCGAUUUGGUUUAUACGAUGAAAUUUCGUAUACAUUUGGUAAACGUGUACGUAAUUGUAAUUGGGUACGUUUUUUAAGAGUAUCAGAAUCAUAUGGACCACAAGUAAAUUUAGUAUGUACUAAAGUUAAAGGUGAACCAAUAUAUGAAAUAGUAAAACCAAUAUUACCAAAUCAAGAACUAGUCGUAUUCUUUUUACCCGAAAGACCAGAAGAACAAUUUUUUGUUAGAAUGAGAGCAUCAUUAUAUCGUCAAACAAUGGACUCAAUAUUAGAGGGUUCACCCUUAGAUCUAUCAAUGUCAUUAAUAAAUCGUGUUAUGUUACCAAUAUCACCACCAUCCAGUAGCGAAGAUGAACAUAAAUCAAUAUCAAGUGAAUCGUCUGGAUCAAUCUCAUCAUUAACAGAAAAUACAGGUGAUCUUAUAUUAAGUUCAACAGGUGCUGAACAUGAUCUUAGUCCAUCACGUCAUCAUCAUCAUUUACAUCAUCAUCAUCAUGUACGUACACCACAAAGAGCACGCAGCAGCCGUGGAGAACGUUCACUUUUACCAUGUGAAGUUUGUGGUAAAGCAUUUGAUCGUCCAAGUUUACUUAAAAGACAUAUGCGUACACAUACAGGUGAAAAACCUCAUGUCUGUAUGGUAUGCGGUAAAGGAUUUUCAACAUCAAGUUCACUUAAUACACAUAGACGUAUACAUUCUGGUGAGAAACCUCAUCAAUGUCAAGUUUGUGGGAAACGGUUUACUGCAUCUUCAAAUUUAUAUUAUCAUCGUAUGACACAUAUUAAGGAAAAACCACAUAAAUGUAAUUUAUGUUCAAAAUCAUUUCCAACACCUGGAGAUUUAAAAUCACAUAUGUAUGUACAUAGUGGUUCUUGGCCUUUUAAAUGUCAUAUUUGUAGUAGAGGUUUCUCAAAGCAUACAAAUCUUAAAAAUCAUCUAUUCUUGCAUACCGGUGACAAACCUCAUGCAUGUGAGCUAUGCAAUAAGAAAUUUGCUUUAGCCUGUAAUUUGAGGGCGCAUAUGAAAACACAUGAAGGUGAUCCACAAGAUGAAUGUGUCCGAUGUGGUAAAGUAUUUUUAGCAAAUUCAAAUGAUUUAAAGCAAGGUAUUUGCACAAAAUGUUCUAAAGAAUCAAAUGAAAAUCAUAAAACUGGUUUUCGAUCAUCCGGUGAAUCUACAACUGAAGAUGAAUCUUCGAAUGGCGAAACAGAAUUUAGCGAUAAAUGAAAUUCAAGAUUUUAAACUUUGGUUUUUUUAUUAUAUGAUUUUUUUUUUUUUUUUUUGGUUUUCUUUUCUCGUUUGUCUGUUUUAUUU